UUUCCUUCUCUAUUCAUUACGCCUUCGUUCACCGUCCUCCCUCUUUCCCCUGGCAGGAAACCAGUGUAUAUAUUCUUUCGUUUCUCUCUCUGCUAUCUGGCAUAGCACACCGACUCGUCGCGAUACAUCCAACCCUCGGCAUACUAUUUACGGGAAAUACGAUGGGAGCUUGUUGUAGUUCCUUAGACCAUUCCGAAGAUUGGGAAGACAUGCCACCAACGCCCCCUCCCAAGGAUCCCCGGUAUCGAGCCGCGGCUUAUCCGGCGGCACAUCAGUAUGGGUGGCCGAAUAAUCAAUACUCACAGGCACGGGGCCCCAACGGGGGCCGUAGGGAAACCGACUACGAACUUGCCCACGCGAUGUCUAGUCUUCCCGGUAGCUACGGGUUCGCGGGCCCCAGAGAGGCAGUGCGCGACCCGCAGUCUCACAUAUCGAGUUGGCGACCCCCCCGCUGCCCAACUCCGGCCGCGCGUGCUGGGCCUAGGAACGAUCCGGGACAGGCGGCGCGGAGGAAUCACAGCCAGCCAGUAUCUGAAAUUCGACAGCCGCACCCGACAGCCAACAGCGUGAGGCAAACCUCAGACCGGCCCCUUAGGGUGGAAAUGCCUCAACCCAGGCGGGCGCCACACCAGAUAGCCGACACUAGGAGGCAAAUACCGAUCUACUCCGUAGGGGCCGAGAGGGUUCCUCAGAUCGUACAUCAGCCUCCGGGCAGCCGAAUGCCGGGGCGGAGGGCUGUGAUCGAGACUGUGUCACCCGGUCCGGCUUCGUUAAAACGCACGCCCGGGCACGUCAGGAGAGAUAGCAACGGGGUGAGCGAAUUUGGCAGCGACGAUGACGACGACUCCGGCCUCUGGAAGAACCACAGCGUCUCUUCCACCUCCUCGCCCGCACCAUCUCGAAGAAGCCCUAACCUGUAUGCUCGUACGGGUCGCGACCACGGACGUGGCGGGGUGUUCUGAGCCUGGUUUGAGCGCACAUCUAGAAUGAAGAUAGGUAAGGUCGGGACUGCGAAAAGGGGAGAAGGGGAAACCAUUUUUUUUUCUUCCUUGGAAAUGGCCUUACUCUCACCCGCAAGAGCUGG